UUUGGAGGACCAAGCAAGGCCUUAUCAACAAGACGGCCUAUUGUAUAAUGAAAGCAAUAUUACAAGAUUGAACAAGCAGCUCAGACGCUACCAUAAACUGUUUCCUUUUUAGGUGGUGUAAAUUUCAAGGCAAAACGCUGUGGCACGAAUCCCCUAUUUGUAGAGUAAAAUGAGUGCCUUGGAUGCAGCCAGAGCAGAACUUGCGCUUGCAGUCUUGUACUUAAACAAAGCAGAGGCAAGAGACAAGAUAUGCAGGGCAAUACAGUAUGGUUCAAAAUUCCUGAGUAAUGGAGAGCCUGGCACUGCUCAAAAUGUUGACAAAUCAACUAGCUUAGCAAGGAAAGUAUUCCGUCUUUUCAAGUUUAUCAAUGAUCUGCAUGGGCUUAUUAGUCCACCUGCCCCAGGAACCCCACUUCCACUCAUCUUGCUGGGGAAGUCUAAAAAUGCAUUGCUAUCAACUUUCUUGUUUCUGGAUCAAUUUGUGUGGCUUGGAAGGACAGGCAUUUACAAGAACAAAGAACGCACCGAGUUACUUGGCAGGAUCUCUCUCUUUUGUUGGAUGGGUUCUUCGAUAUGUACUACAUUAGUGGAGAUUGGGGAGAUUGGAAGACUUUCUGCAUCAAUGAAAAAACUGGAGAAGGAACUCAAGAAUAGCGACAAAUACAAGAAUGAGCAAUACCGGAUUAAGCUUCAGAAGUCAAAUGAGAGGUCUCUAGCCCUGAUUAAAGCAGGCAUUGAUAUAGUAGUUGCUGUCGGAUUGCUCCAAUUGGCACCUAAGAAAGUCACUCCUCGCGUAACAGGAGCCUUUGGAUUUGUUAGCUCCUUGAUAUCAUGUUAUCAGUUGCUCCCAGCACCGCCAAAGGCCAAGACAUCGUGAAAGGCUCUAAUGCUGUUGAUGAAUUCCAAAUACCACUAGAAUAAUUAUUUAUGCUAUGCAUACUGCUUAUGAGGUCUCAGCAGUUUGUCUACAUGUUACAGUAUUUCACCUUGUUUACUGCAUCUUUCAUUUUGGUACAGAACUUUAAUAAUGACAUGAUGUGUCUUAGAUUCACUACAUUUUAAUGGUAUGGCAUUUCAAGGCCA